AUGCUCCCCCAAACCCCCCGCGUACCCAUUUUUCAGUUUUGCGACAAGGAGUAUUGCUUGAUUUGCUGCGCCAAGAAGACACCGUGCGUGAGUUGCCGCAAGAAGCCCAGCCGCCCCCGCCUCAUCGAAGCCACGGCCCAGCUCAAGCGCGUGCAGCAGGGCUUCCAGGCGAGCGAGAUGAUGAUUCCCCCAGUGGCCCCCAUCGCAGGGCCCGGGGUUUCGGCCGAGUCUGCUAACGCUACUGCCGCAGCCGCAAAGGACGAGGAAGCCGAGCGCCGCGCCAAAGAGGACGAGAGGAAGAAGCUGCAGGAGUCUAAGGACAAGGAGAAGGCGGCGGAGCUCGAGAAGAAGAAGAAGCGCGAAGCCGCCGCCGCCGCCGUAAAGAAGCAGCGGGAGGAGGAGGCGGCGGCGGCGGAGGAGGAGGAGAAGCAGCGAGCCGCCGCGGCUGCUGCUGAGGAAGAGAGGCGCAAGCGCGCCGAUGACGCUGCCGCUGCCGUUGCCGCUGCCGCCGCCGCCGCUGCGAGUGCCUCUGCCGCCGGAGCGCAGCUUCUUGGCGCGGUCUCGGCCUCCAACCCCUUGGGGGACAAACACGGAGGACAUGAAAGUCCCUGA